AUGGGUAUCGAUAUAUUUUCGAGAACAAACACUAUGGGCUUGACGAACCGCUCGUUACGAGUGGCCGUUACUGCCGUUGCAGUUACUGGUUUCUCUUUGUUCGGUUACGAUCAGGGUUUGAUGUCGGGUAUCAUUACUGGAGAACAAUUUAACGCUGAGUUUCCACCUACCGGAGCAGUUAAUGGAGUUACUAGUCACCAUACUACCGUUGUUCAGGGUGCAGUGACCUCUUGUUACGAGUUGGGAUGUUUCUUUGGUGCUCUUUUUGCCUUGUUCAGAGGUGACCACAUUGGUAGAAAACCUUUGAUUAUCUUUGGUUCGCUUAUCAUUAUUCUUGGAACCAUCAUUUCCACCGCUGCCUUUGGUCCUCAUUGGGGUCUUGGUCAGUUCGUCAUAGGUAGAGUCAUUACUGGUAUUGGUAAUGGUUUCAAUACUGCCACCAUUCCUGUUUGGCAAUCGGAAAUGUCUCGUGCUGAAAACAGAGGUAGAUUGGUCAACUUGGAAGGUUCCGUGGUGGCUGUGGGUACAUUUAUUGCUUACUGGUUGGACUUUGGAUUGUCUUAUGUCGAUACUUCUGUUCAAUGGAGAUUCCCCGUUGCUUUCCAAAUUUUCUUUGCUGCUAUUUUGUUCUUUGGAAUUAUUCAAUUACCUGAGUCUCCAAGAUGGUUGAUCGCCAAGGACAGAAAGGAAGAAGCCAUGACAAUUUUGGCUGCUUUGAACGGUUUGGAAGUAAAUGACGAUGCUGUUCAUGCUGAAGCCGUGGUUGUGGCCGAUGCCGUCAACAGAUUUGCUAGAUCCCAAGUUGGUGUUAAGGAGUUGCUUUCCGGUGGAAAGACCCAGCAUUUUGCCAGAAUGGUUAUUGGUUCAUCUACUCAAUUUUUCCAGCAAUUCACCGGUUGUAAUGCUGCCAUCUACUACUCCACCGUUUUGUUCGAAAGUACCGUUUUGGUCGAUGAAGAACCAGGAUGGAGAAGAAGAUUGUCAUUGAUUUUGGGUGGUGUUUUCGCUACCAUCUACGCCUUGUCCACCAUCCCUUCGUUUUUCUUGAUCGACACUCUUGGUAGAAGAAAAUUGUUCCUCAUCGGAGCUAUUGGUCAAGGUUGUGCCUUCAUCAUUUGUUUCGGUUCAUUGGUCCACAGAACUGCUGAGAAUGCCAAGGGUGCUGCCGUUGGUAUUUUCUUGUUCAUUGUCUUCUUUGCAUUUACCAUUCUUCCACUUCCAUGGAUCUACCCACCAGAAAUCAACCCAUUGAGAACCAGAACCGUGGCUAGUGCUGUGUCCACUUGUACCAACUGGAUCUGUAACUUUGCCGUGGUCAUGUUCACUCCUAUUUUCAUCAACAGAUCCGAUUGGGGUUGUUACCUCUUUUUCGCUUGUGUGAACUUCCUCUGGGUUCCAGUCAUUUUCUUCUUCUACCCAGAAACCGCUGGUCGUUCUUUGGAAGAAAUUGAUAUCAUUUUCGCCAAGGCUCACGUUGACGGUAGUCAACCAUGGAGAGUUGCUGCUACCAUGCCUAAGUUGUCUUUGAGUGAAAUCGAGCAACAUGGUACUCAAUUGGGUCUUUACGACAACGAUUUCGAGAAGGAGCAGUUUGAGAAGAAUGAGAACGUUUCCAACACCUCGUCUGACGACGCCAAGGAAGGUGUUGACACCCCUGCUAAUAAUGAACCCAUGAUUAAACCAGCCGAGGUUUAA